UCGUGCCGUUAAGAUCAAGCUAAAAAGGCCUACAAAGAAAGAAAGUAAAUCGAAAACCAAAGUAAAAUACUCCUGUGUGCUUCAAUCAUUUUUUUACUGUGCAAAGGGCAGUUACUUCCUCGUAAAGUUAAACACAAUAAACCCCGUUCAUCGGUUCGCGAAAGUGCGGCAAAGUGCAAGUGCAAGAGACGCUGAAAGAGCGAUAAAAAAAGCGAUACUCGAAGAGCAAGAAAAGAGAAGCCCAAUACCAAAGCCAAAUAAACGAGAAAGAAAGUUGCAACUUUUAAACCCAACAAGAUGACGACCAAAAUGGCAAUAAACGCAAAGGAUAUUUUCCGCAACCAGCACCGGCUGAUCCGCUUCAUCGCGCAGUCGAUCCGCCUGUGCAGCAACCAGUCGCUGAAGGCGGCCCAAGCGGCCCAGCUGCAGCAGCAGCAGAAGGCGGCGGCCGACUUCCAGAUCACCGCCUCGGUGGACGCCCAGUACACCAGUGCCCCGGAGCCCAUCAAGCACGACCAGAACCUGGGCCACCAGUUCAAGGCGUCGCAGCUCUCCGUGCGCCUGGCCGCCCCGGAGCAACUGCAGCCGAAGCCGGACAACGACGAGGAGCUCGGGUUCGGUCGCCUCUUCACCGACCACAUGCUCAAGAUCUACUACCACAAGAGCCUCGGCGGCUGGCAGCGGCCGGAGAUCACGCCCCUGGAGAACCUGGUCAUGCAUCCCGCCGCCAAAGUGCUCCACUACGCCGUCGAGCUCUUCGAGGGAAUGAAGGCGUAUCGCGGCGUCGACGGGAAGAUCCGCAUCUUCCGGCCGGACAUGAACAUGAACCGCAUGAACCUCGCCGCCCAGCGCUCCGGACUGCCCACCUUCGAGGGCAAGGAGUUCGUCCAGUGCCUCUCCCGCCUCCUGUCCAUCGACUCCGAGUGGGUUCCCCACACGGACACCGCCAGCCUCUACAUCCGCCCCACACUGAUCGGCAUUGAUCCCACGUUGGGAGUGGCUUCAUCGGACUCGGCCCUGCUCUACACGAUCCUCAGCCCGGUGGGCAGCUACUUCAAGACGGGAUCCAACGGCGCCGUCUCCCUGCUGGCCGAUCCCAGCUACGUGCGCGCCUGGCCAGGAGGCGUGGGCAACCGCAAGGUGGGCUCCAACUACGCGCCCACCAUCCACGUGCAGAAGGAGGCGGCGGCCAAGGGGCUGCAGCAGGUCCUGUGGCUCUACGGCGAGGAUCACCAGCUGACCGAAGUGGGCACCAUGAACAUCUUCAUGUUCUACGUGAACGAUCAAGGAGAACAAGAACUGGUUACCCCGCCUUUGAGUGGUUUGAUCCUGCCCGGAAUCACCCGCGACUCGAUCCUGCAAAUGUCGCGCCAGUGGGGCAAGUUCAAGGUGAGCGAGGCCAACUUCACCAUGCCACAAGUCUGCGAGCUCCUCCACCAGGGAAGGCUAUUGGAGCUCUUUGGCGCGGGAACGGCGUGCGUGGUGAGUCCUGUGAACAGGAUCAACUACCUCGGCCAGGACCUCUACAUACCCACCAUGGAGCAGGAGAAGCCGGUCCACGAGCUGAUUCGCGAGACCCUCACCGACAUCCAGUACGGUCGGGUGGAUCACCCCUGGUCCGUGGUGAUCGAUUAAGAGAUCCUCGAUCCUUGAUCCAGCCACAUCCCCUGUUAUCCCCUCCCCAUCCCUUCCCCGUACCUUGUAUUAGUAGGAUUUAGUUGACAAGUGUUUUGUGGGUCGCCAAUGUGCUCGAAUUUGUUUCGUUUGUUGUGCAUUUAUCUAAGCAAGCACACACCAAUCAAUAUAUAUAAUAUAUAUAAUAUAAUAUAUAAUGUAGUAGUAUACAUAAGUCGAGGGCCGAUUCGCUUAAGUUGCAUUUAAAUGUAUAUUUAUUUAUUUAUGUGAGGAAUUCGAAUUGUACAUAAUUCCAGCUGGUUCAAUGUUACUUAUAGUUUCUCUAAAUUUUUUUCAUACUUUUAGUUUCUUUAUUUUUUUUUUUUCUGUACAAUCAUCUAUUUUCUGAAGCUAUGAAUCGUCUUUUUGCGCUUUUACUUCCAAGCAGCAUCGAAAGCAAGGCAAAAUUACCACCUACAACAUUUAGAUUAGGAAAAGAUCGGAGAGAUCAGGAGGAGAUCAGGAUUCCCGAAUCCGUUUGGGAAUCGAGUUGAAAACGUACCGGAGGCGAAAUGCAUUUAUUAGUGAGUAAGUGAUCGAGCGUUCUUGGAGGUAAAAGCGGCACGAGAGGCACCAGAGGCACCAGAGCAGCAGCCACCAGCUGCACCGAGCUCAGCUGUGACUAGAGCUAAUCUAUACCUGAACCGUCAGUAGAACAUAGGCUAUAGGCUGUAGAUCCUAAGCCGAAUCAGCUGUAUACUAUACCUGUAACCUAGCAGUUAAGUCAACCAUGCGAUGAAUAAACGAUGACAGAUAUCACCCGAAA